AAAACAUGCUACCCUCUGGUUGUAGUAUUGUCGCGCGCGUUCUGGAAUAAACCUGACAACAACGCAACGCGAAAUAAUUUUCUUGCCACCGAAACCGAGGUCGCGCAGUGCAUCCGCGGCGACGCAACGGUUUGGUUGUGAUGCCGCGCGUCAUGCAGAACGACCUUUAAUUUCGCGAAUUUCGUAAAGUUUUACGCUACUACUACUGGGAGUAAAAGACGACGGGACGCGUUUUUCUAUCUUUGUCGCUACAUUUUUUCGAAAUGAAUGAUGAGGAUACAUGUCAGUUCCUACCUAUUAUUUCAAGAAAUGUGAACUUUUUGCGAGUUUGCUUUCGGGUUGAAGGAUUCAGUUUAUAAAAAGUGUGUUUUUUUUUUGGAUUUCAACUCAACCAUUCAUUUGUGAAAGGGGACUUAUUUUUGGGACUACUAAUAGGAUGCCAUGGCUGUACUUAGAUCUUCUAUUGGCGCUGGAGUGAAGAUGGAACACUUCCAAGCGGCGCUCGACCCCCGGAAACAAGAACUACUUGAAGCCCGUUUUUUGGGCGCUAGGGUGAGUGUCCCUAAAGAGCUUCCAGACAAUGUUGUGACCGAAAUCACUAAUAACGGCGUAAGUGCAUUCACUGAACUACCUUCAGCAACACCAAGUAUCGAGGCGCAAGUAGCACCGAUGUCAGCAGGAUCUCACAUACAGAUGGCUCCGCAAUCGACAGUCAAUACUCCCCAACCCAUCCAUAACCAGGACUCCAACAUGAGUACAGGUUCGUCUCAUAGCGACAAGGAGGUGGACCCCAACACGCCUGACAAAACGUCAAGGGCCCCCGAACGGAAGCGCAAGCGUAAAGCGGACGACACGGGCGGCGGUUUGGCCGGCGGUGGUACCGUCAAGGGCGGCGGGGGCGGCCGUCCACCCGUUCCGCCGCCCGACAAAAAAAUUAGCGAGUACUUCAAACAUUCGAGUAGCAGUCCCAUUAGGCACGGUGGUGCCAAAAGUCCUAGUCCGCAACAACCUUACCCCAUGUUACCUCCAUCUCCUCAACAAGUGGGGCUCCCAUCGCCGGUGACGACGGCGCCCUUCGAUUUUCUCUCCUCUUCCCGACAACCUCUUCCGAGGUUACCUCCUCCUCCUAUGGUUAGCAAAUUAAUACAGACUGAAUUAACGUGUCAUCGAAUCACCGAAUUCGAGACGCAAGCGUCCUCUGAUUUGGAGGUACGGAAUAACAAAAUAGACGAACUGACGCGGUCAAAUGAAGAGCUUAGGCAUCAGAUCUCGACGCAUCAAAAGGCCAUCGACCAACACAAGCAGCAGGUUAACAAAUGUAUCGAGGUUGUAAAAAAGUUACUAAAAGAAAAAAGCUCAAUAGAGAAAAAAGAAGCGCGGCAGAAAUGUAUGCAAAAUAGAUUGAGACUGGGACAAUUUGUGACGCAACGGGUUGGUGCUACAUUUCAAGAAAACUGGACUGACGGUCAUGCUUUUCAAGAACUGGCAAGGCGGCAAGAAGAAAUCACAUCAGAACGAGAAGAAAUCGAUAGGCAAAAAAAACUCUUGUUAAAAAAGAGGCCAUCAAAUAGCGAGGGUGGCGGUAGGAAACGAAAUAAUUCUAGCGCGUUACACAAUGGCACGACGACGGACAGUGGUUUUCUCAAGCCGGACGCCGUGCCAGGUUCUCUAACAUUGCAAGAGUACUACGAGGCUGACGAAAUUCUCAAAUUGAGGCAAAACGCUCUUAAAAAGGAAGACGCCGAUCUGCAGUUGGAGAUGGAGAAGCUAGAACGGGAGAGGAAUCUUCAUAUUAGGGAAUUAAAACGUAUCCACAACGAGGACCAGUCGCGGUUCAACAACCACCCCGUAUUGAAUGAGAGGUACCUAUUAUUAAUGCUUCUGGGUAAGGGUGGCUUCAGUGAGGUGCACAAAGCUUUCGACUUGAAGGAACAGCGGUACGUUGCGUGCAAAGUGCACCAGCUCAACAAGGACUGGAAAGAGGACAAGAAGGCCAACUAUAUCAAGCACGCUUUAAGAGAGUACAACAUCCAUAAAGCCCUGGAUCACCCCAGAGUAGUUAAAUUAUAUGAUGUAUUCGAAAUAGAUGCAAAUUCUUUCUGUACAGUUCUAGAAUAUUGUGAUGGUCAUGAUUUAGACUUUUAUUUAAAACAACAUAAGACAAUACCGGAGAGAGAGGCAAGAUCAAUCAUAAUGCAGGUAGUGUCGGCGCUCAAGUACCUGAACGAGAUUAAGCCUCCUGUGAUCCACUACGACCUAAAACCGGGAAAUAUCCUGCUAACUGAAGGCAAUGUGUGCGGAGAAAUCAAAAUCACCGAUUUCGGACUGAGCAAAGUCAUGGACGAGGAGAAUUAUAAUCCCGACCAUGGCAUGGAUUUAACGUCACAAGGUGCAGGGACCUAUUGGUAUCUGCCGCCGGAAUGUUUUGUAGUCGGCAAAAAUCCACCAAAGAUUUCGUCGAAGGUGGACGUUUGGAGCGUAGGUGUGAUAUUUUACCAGUGCCUCUAUGGUAAAAAGCCAUUCGGACAUAACCAGUCACAGGCCACAAUUUUAGAGGAAAAUACUAUUUUAAAGGCCACUGAGGUUCAGUUCGCCAAUAAGCCUGCUGUGACGAAUGAAGCUAAGAGUUUUAUUAGAAGCUGCCUAGCCUAUCGCAAAGAAGAUCGUAUCGAUGUUCUUUCGUUGGCGAAACACGAGUAUUUACAGCCCCCGAUGCCUAAACAUUCUCGCGUUACCUCAAACCAAGCGCAGCAACAACAACAGCAGCAGCAACAACAACAGGCCAGUUCCUUUUCGACAGGCAUUUUUGGGGCAAUGAACGCUUCCUCAUCCUCUUAGUUCAGUGCUGUGUUUAAAAAGUUAUUUAAAUUUUAAUGAGACUUUUAGUUAUUGUUGUCGGUGGUUGUCUCCAAGUACUUUGCUCCAUAGAGUGGUGACGUACCCCCAUAAGCCCAAAAUUUUGUUAUUCAAAGUUGUUUUAGUGAGAAGGACCCAGUUGCGCAAUAAAGCUAGGACGCCUAAAAUGAAGAAGUCGCGCUGGGGGUGUUUAUUAUUUUUUUCUUAGCCGCCCUCCCUCCACCCCCAAACACAAUUUUCCAUAAUAAUUAUUAAUUAUUGUUGCUUCAAACGCUUAAAAAAAGUAAGUUGUGUUGGCUAGAGGUGCUGUUUUCUUUAUAAAAAUAAUUUUUGGAUAUGUCAAAAAUUAUUUUUCUUAUCAAUUAAACGCCAUCUUCUGGCAAGGUUUAAUAGGACGUUUACCGAACAAAAAAAAAAAAAAAAACCUGUGUAUUUACUAAAAAAAAAAAAGAAACCUAAUAGGCCUUAAGUUUAGCUUUAGAGAAAAAAAAAACAAGGGGAAAAUCAACUUAUAGCUAGUCAUUAAAUAUUAAAAUUGUUAAAAAGUGUUUUAUGGUGGAUGGCUUAUUGAAUCUUGAUUCGGAUAUGACCGGAUAAAAUAACUUUGAAUUUAUUUAGUCAAACAUUCAAGGCCUAAUUUGCCAUCGUUAAGAAUUAUACAUAUUUUUGAGUUACAUUAACUUAUUAUGUAUAAAAAUUAUGUACUGAAAAUUUCAAAGUUAUUAAUUGUGAAGACAGUUCCUAUCAAAGAAAAUUUCACCUAUAGCCGCCUGACUAUCAUCAAAGAAUAUUAUGGCUAAUGUCAAUUGUGAUAGUUUUAGGUUUUAUCAAUCCAGUUUUAUUGACUCCGUCAAAUUUAAUUUGCAUGUGGUAAAGCCUUACUUUCAGCAGGCUGAAAACUACCACAGCGCACAGCGUAAGUUUGCCAUAGUGUUAGCUAUGCUAUUUUUUGCUGUUGUCUAGUUUAUAUUUCUUAAUUGCAAAUUAAAUGAUUGGACCAAAAAUUAAAUGUGUAAAGAAAAUUUUCAAACUAAACUUAUUUUUACCUCUCAGUGCCGAUUUCUUCAAUAUCUGUUGAAAUUUAGUUAUUUGUAUGCCUUUGUUAAAAAAAUUAUAGAAUUUCUACCACUGUUUCUAAUUUGGCAUGAAUAUAACCAAAUUUCAAGGGCUGGUUUGUUUAAGAAUGUCUAAGUUCAAUUAUUCUUAUUGGAAUAGAAUAAGAUUAAAAAUGGUCAAACAUUUUCCUGAAGAGACCAGUUCUAAAGAAAUAUAAAUUUAGGCAUCCUAUGCAUGAUUGAAAAAAGGGAAAACUAUUGUUUCCUAUAAGUUAAAUAUUGUACUGUAAAGAACAAUAAGUAAAAGUUAUUUUAUGAAGUGACCUUGUUUUUUAGCACACUUCUUUAUUUAUUGUUUUUUUUUUUUUUUUGAUUGUCUGUUUUUCUUAAACAAGGGUGUAUAUUGUCAGAUUUUCUAGACCAAAUGAGGGUGCAUUUGUCAUAUAAUGGUUAAUACUCUUAUUUUAUAUAAUUUAAUUUUCCCAUUGUUCUUGAGUCUAUAAAAUCUACUAAUUUAUUAAGGUUUAUUUACCAUCUUCUAGGGUUAGAAGCUUUUUUUUGUUGUACAAAUUGAUUUUUUUUUAUUGUGUUUGUUUUACAUUUUGUUUACUUAUUAUACAAUUUAUUUUUUGAAAAAAAAAAUGUUCUACCUGUAUUGGACUUUGCUUUAUAUAUAAUUAUGUAAUUGAUAUAAAAAAAAAUACUACCUCAUUAGAACUGCUCAAGUAUAUAUUGAGAAAAAGGGUGGUUCAAAUGAACGAAUAGGUUGUGCAAAAUAAAAUGAAAUAUUAAAAAGAUACGGGUAUUUCCAAUAAAAAUUAAUACUCAAUUGAUCAUCUAAUCAUGUGUGGAAAAAAUAAAACCCAGUGUCUAUUUCAAAGAUUCAAUUAUUAUUUUUUUUGUUUUUCUUAAGAAAGCGUUGAUCAGAAAGAUGUUCUUGAAGCUUCAUACACAGCUUAACAUUGCACCAAACAACAGCCGAAACGUGCUUUUGCUUCUAGCAGUACCCAAUGAUAGAUUGAUCCCGAAUUAUUUGCUGUCUGACGCAACUUCCAAGUCUGUACGAAGCUUGAAGUUCCAUCUCCGAAUAAGAUAUUUUCUCGACCAAAAAACAAAAAAAUAUUUGAUCGAAACUCUAUCAUAAAACUACCUAAUAAUUAAAUAUGCAAAAAAAGACCAUCAUAUGACAAAUUUUGGCCUGUAACAAGUUUUCCUAGAAAGUUCAAAUUUUAGAUUAAGAUAUAAUUAUUACCUGUUAUACUUGUCGAAAAAUUUUGAAUUUCUAAGGUUGAUAUUCGCCCUUUCUCAUUUAUUUAUAUUUUGCAGCUGUUUUCAAAAGGCAUUUUUUUUAAAAACUGUUCGGGUUGGCAUUUAUCAAUAUCAUAGGAAAUAAAUAUUGUGUUAAAUUAAUUUUUCUAUUGGAUUUGGAAGGAAAACAUUUUUCUGCAGCCAUUUUAUUACAUUAUCUUCAAAAAUUGAAAUAUGUAAUAUUAAGCUAUUGUUUUUUAAAAUUUCAGAUGUACCUAAAUCAUGCCUCUUAGAUAUUUAUGUUUAUUAUAUACAAUAUAAUAUGGCGACCUUCUUUAUUGGAAAAAUUAUGUUAUUGUAGAUAUAGUUGAAUGCUCAACCCCACAGUGAAACAAACUCAUCAUAUAUUCAAAAUAUUUUUUUUUUUUCUGUUUUGGACCCUAGCUUACCAAUAUGCUGUAUAUAAAUACAUACUCUAUUUUGAAUAUAUUCUGAAAUGGUUAUCCCCAAGAGACAAUUUUUUUUUUUGAAAUUUUGGGUAGAUUUAUUUCUUUAUUAACAGUUGAAAAGUUCAGUUUCCAUUCCCCAGUUGAACUAGAAAUUUAGUUUUGCACAUUGUCUAGCAUAAUUUUAUGAAAAUGUGUAAAUAAUUGAUUUUUGAUUGCUCUCUUUUAUAAUUUUUUGAAAAUAAAUCUGCGAAUUGGUCGAGUAGGUUUCAUCUCUAACUACUUAAAGCAAAGUAGCAAAAUGCAUGUGUGUUAGAAAUCAAAAUUCUAGUUUUACGGAAGAAAGAAUGCCUUAUUUUCAACUGGUAAUUAAAAAAUUACCCCUGUGGGUAGUUUUAUCACUUCUUUGUUCCAAUCUGAAUUGAUAAAACCUCCUAAUUCAUAUCAAUGCUGUGACCUCAUUUGAAAACGUGUUCGACCAAGUUGUUUUCCCAAUUAUUAUUGUAUAUUUAGUGUAUAUUACACAUUGUUAAGGUUUAAAAAAUGGUCGAAUACAGUUUUUUGAAGGGGAAAAUUGGCAUUGUUGUAAAUAAUCAAAUGUAAACAAAAAAGGAAAAAGUUAAAUGCUGCAAUAUAAGUGAAAAAGCCAAAAUAUGUCCAUAAUAUUUGAAGACUCGCAAUUAAAAAAAAAAACCUACAUGUUACUUAUUUAUACUGUGCUGUUUGUGUGGAGUGGUAGACCGCCACGGACAUUGUGAUAAGAGUUAGGUAAAUAGUCAUGUCUAGAUGCAAGAAAAAUGUAUCGUUAUAUCACUUGUUUAUGUACUGUAUCUAUACUUAUUUUAUACAAUCGUUCACAACAUUUUCUUAGGUAUAUUUUACCAGUUUGUAUAUACAGUGUGUAUCAAAUUACACAAAUAAGUUUUUGAAAUUUUAACUAUUUAUUAUUUUUCUCCCAACUCUAUGAAAUAUAAGUUCUUAAU